UCUAAUUGAUCUUAAACAUUUGCUACGAGACAGGCAAGAGAUGGGAGCGAUGUUUUGAUGCUUCUGACAUGGUUUACAUGGUUUGGUGGGGAGAUUUAGGCAGAAGAAGCUGGCUAAAGACAGGAAGUGCAACAACAAAGAGGAACCUAUGACAAGUUGUCAUUAAUUUGGAGAAAAUUACAAAGACGUGUAAUCAGGGUGAGAUAAGAAAAGGCAACGGAUAGUGACAGACAUACAAAUCUUUUGAAGAUGACUUCCCUCAUUCUGGUCUUUUUUCUGGGAGGGUUAUGGGAGACUGAAUCUACGUCCGUAACAGGAGUUUUGGGGAGAGAUGUCAAAAUAAAAUGCUCUCACUCCAACGCAUUUUCCAAUGUCAAAUAUUUCUGCAAGGGAACGUGUGAAAAUGAAGACGUCCUGAUAAGUAGCAGAACAAAUAACGAUUUAAACCAAAAAUACAGUAUUGAAGAUGAAGGAAACACAUUCUACGUGACCAUCUCUCCUGUUACAGAAGAUGACUCAGGAAUGUACUGGUGUGGAAUAGAGAGAAUCGGUUUGGACACAUACAAUCAAGUUUUCCUCACAGUCAUAAAGGGAAACACAAAUGACCCUCAAUCAAAUGCUGUAUCCUCUAAGAAGCUUUUGUGCAUUGGAGCAGGUCUCGGGGUCGUUGUGCUGGCUCUGGCGAUUGCCCUUCUAACAUUUUUCAGACAUCGCAACAGAGACAUCAACGCACAUUCUGGAAAGGACCAUGACAUAGUAUUUGCAACACCAUCCAGUCAGAAACAAGAUGUAAACCACGUCACUACUUCCUCUUCAACAGCCAAUGAGGAUCAAGAAACAGAUGGCAGGGCUAACAGCAUCUUCUGCUCGUCAACCGUUCAGCACCAAGACACCAGCAGCUAUCCCUCAGAUAAUAUUUACUCCAACGUCAUUGUUUCAUCAGAGUCUCAGAUCCAACCAGAAGGUCUCUCCUACUCCACUGUUAGCUUCAUAAAACACACAGACUCCAGCACUGUCACACCUGUUCUUACAUACUCCGCUAUUCAACACAAAGCAACAGAUGAAUCAACAGUCUAUUGCAAUGUAUGACCUCAGUGCUGAUCACCUUCACUGUUAUGUGCAGUAUCUUCCUCUGCUGUAUUAUUAGAUUAUAUUCCGAUUUAUGCUAAACAGAAAAUACCCACCACUCACACAUUUCUGUAUACUAAAUCCACAGGUUGUUGUGAAUUGAUAAUUUAAAUCAUUCUAUUCAAUUUUAUUGAUUUUUAACAUUUAGAUAUUAUAAGAAAUAUUUAGAUAACUCCUCUAAAACUAAUAUUAAUCAUGUUCAGUAGAUUUAAAAUUUUAACCCGAUAAAACCAAGAAGUCAAUAUAUACAUUUUCGUUACUGUGUGUUUUUGUAUUUUUGUGAGUCUGUUUGUGGUUGAUGAGAGUUGGUCAUGUUGGGAACCGAGCAGUGAUGUUAAACACUAUGUUUAAACAUAGAGAUCUCAGAACAUGUGACCUCUGAGACAAAGGAAACCACAUGGCUCACAUGAGGCCUGAGCGCCCUUUCAAACAAAGAGAAUGAGGCCUCCAGGUCAACUCUAAAGACUAAAAGUCACACCUCCAUGAGAAAAAUGGCCGGAGAUAUAUAAAACUACAGAGGUUGUAGUUCACACCUAUAUUACCUGCGAGAACACUGAUUUCCUAUUGGCCGGGGUCCCUGAAUGCAGCAGGGGGCUCUGACCAGGUGGCCUAAGGAAUAAAAGUCCCUGUCACCCACUUCUCAUUGCCACUCCCUGCAACACCUCGAGUUGCUAAAGAGGACAAACAUCGGUCACUCACUGCAACACGUGGCUAAAGAAGACAAAUCAUUGCUAUCCAUUGCAUCCGUGCUAAACUGGAAGCACAGCCAAACGUUUGUAGCCUAGUCUAAUUUAAUAGUUCAUUUUCCGCUUUUCUUAUCAAGUCGACUGAAUUGGUUCUUCACUGCCUUUGAAGAGAAACCAGCUUUUUCCGUGAAUCACAAGUGAGACGGAUCCGUUUUGUUUACUGUGGAGCAUCUAUGGGACUAAACAAAUGGGAACACACACACAGUAUGGAGGCUUAAGUUUCUGGGCAGAGAAAUAUAGGUGUGUGUUACUAAUGUCAGUAGCUGCUGUUGCUGCAACUUGUUACUACAUUGAAUGUGUUAUUAAUUAGUAAGUGCUACUGUUGCAAAUGUCUCACCAUUAAUAUGAUUAUGACCACCAAUUUAUUGCUUUGAAUUUACUGGAUCACGGGACUUGUUGAUAUUUUGAGUUUGAUACUGUAGUUUAUAUUGAAACUGUAAUGCUACACUGCUAUCUCCCUCCGCGGAGAAGUUAGUUACUGUACAAGCGAGAUAAUAAACCUUCCGUUCGUCACUCGAACCCCAGCA